UUUUGCCUUGUAAACAACUUAUUGCGCUUUCAUUUUCUAAAUAAUUGUUUUUCACGCAGUAAAAAUAGAUUUAGAUAGUGAAAAAUUACUGGGAAAGUACACCAUUAAGGACUGCUGCAGGUAAUUACUUGGAAUAUCUUGAAAUUCUACAACGCAAAUUAAAUUCAAGAAAACCAUAAAGCGUAUAAAUAACAUCAAAAUAAAGAAAAAGUGGAAAAAAUUGCAGAAUGGUAAUUCCAACGAGACAAGCGCCUCCGAUUCCAACGCAAAAUCGUGGAUUUACAAUUUCUAACCAAUCAUCAUCAUCACGAUAUACACCCACUACCGACUGGGAUGACAAACCUUUUGAUGCUUGGACACCAGUUUCUUCGUCGCAGCAGCAACAACAACAACAACAAUUACCUAAAAUAAAAAAACAGGCUCCUCCAAGGCCACCGCCACCCAAGGAGGGUUUCAAACCUGCUGUCCCCCUCAAAAAACCAAGUUCUACACAUUCGAAUACAAUACUAGCGAAUUUGCUAAGUCGAGCUCGAUUAACAAAACCAAAUACAAACAAACAACAACAACAAAGCUCGACCAAACACACUGUAGCCCAUUCACAAACAAAUAAUGUGAGCAACUCUAACAGCUAUGGCGCAAUCUCUAAUCUUAAAACAUCUGCAAGUUUUUCAUCAACUGCAUCCUCCAUUACGUCGAAUGAAAUGAAAUUGAUUACCUUUGACUCACCCCCAAGUUCUCCAACAUUUACACAAAAGUCCAACAGUGAUUGUGUGAGUGUGAACAGUUUCAGCUCUGACUCGCCCAAUAAUGGUUUUUCAAGUGAGAGUGGAUUCGAAGAUGAUUUUGUCUUAGAUAGACCAACAGCAAACUAUAAACCUCUCGAAACUAUCGUGGAUCCAUUUGAUAUGUUAGAUGCAUUCGGGCCCCCCAACACAACAUCAGGAUCUACGGCAUCAACAAUGUAUCGUCCGCCGAUUGCACAAAAGCCAGUCAACGUGGGCAACACAUCCUUCUAUGCCUUCACCGGAAAUGCUAAUUCAAUCAAUCCGAAUAACAGUAAAAAGCCCACAGAAAGCUUUGAUCCAUUAUGCAAUGGCAAGGAUUUGAUAAAGCCAUCUGUGAUCCCUAAAAUGCCCACAAUCAUCAGACCGAAUUCGGCUGGAAAGGGGAAAAUAUCUCCCGUGCACAACGUUGUAAAACCGAAACUUGAGACCCCGCCCCAACCCAAAACACUCUCACAGGAACAGUUUGAUGAUGAAGACUCUUCGUUUGAUGACUCUUUGCCAUCAUUACCAAUGCCUUCGAUGCCACCCCCGCCAUUACCAGCGGUAGUUUUGGAUGAUAUAUCCACCGAAACAGAAAGCUAUGGCCUAGUUCUUUAUGACUUUGAAGGAGAACAUGAUGAUGAUUUGCCUUUGAAAGCAAAUGAAAAAAUUUACUUACUGCGAAGAUUGAACAACGAAUGGCUGUUUGGUCGCAAUAAGCGUGGCUGUGAAGGAAUGUUUCCUGCAAAUUAUAUUGACGUUAAAAUUCCAUUGAGCGACGACAGUGCAAUUUGUAGUGGCAGUAAUACACCCUCCGUAGAAUUGGGAUCGAAGGCAGUCAAAGUUCUAGCCUUGUAUGACUUCCAAGCAGAACAACCAGAAGAUUUGAGCUUAAAGGCAAAUGAGGAAGUCACUGUGUUGCGAGAAUUAAACAGUGAAUGGCUUUAUGGAGAAACAGGAGGUCGAUAUGGGCAGUUUCCUGCAAAUUUUGUGGAUUAUCAACCAACAUCAUAUUAAAAUUGAGUCAUAUCUUUGGGUUCAAAACUACUACUAGACGAGCUUGAAGUUUACAACUUUUUCUACAUCAUUACAUAAAUACUGAAAGAUAAAUAGUGUAAAAAGUUGAGAUGAUUUUUGUACAUUUUUGCAUAGUCUUCGUUUAUGUUAGGAAAUUCCUUACAAUAUAUGUGUAUUCUUUAUCUGUUUAUGUUAACAAUCUAAAUGCUUU